GUAAUGAUCCCCAUGGUACGGUGUAUUUUUGGUUAAGUGGAGAAAUUCCUGGGAUAUUUUCAGUUAAAAUUAUUUGUAAAAUAUUUAUUCCCGUUUUUAACGUAGGAAUUUUGUAAAUUAUAUCCAAUUGUGUAAAAUAUUUUUAUACACUUUAAAAGAGGAAUCCUGUUCACUAUUCUGGGAUUCUCUGUUAAAUUUGGUAAAUAUGUAAAAAUUGAUAAUUUGGAUGAAAAAAGCUAAUUUGUGUGAAAAAAGAUAAAAUGGGUUUAGUGGACGAUAAAAUGGGUUUAGAGGAGGAAAAUGAGGAGUCUUAUGUGUUUUCGGGUGAUUUUAAAAGUUUGAAGACGAGGUUACAUUUCCAGUUUAUUCGAUACCUUGAUUUAUUUAUAAUUUUCUGGUUAAUUUUGGAGAAAAGACUUGUAAUCCACGAUUCCCAGUCUUAUUUUACUUUAUGGCACCUUCUCAACUCCGUUACUACUCUCACAAUUGAGCCUGAAGAUGUACGUAAAGGCGGUGGUACUAAUCACGAACCAGCAGAUUGGUCACUGAUGAUUCAUCGUUUUAUUGAAUCUGUUAGGCAAGAUUUUGGGAUUUAUCAUACAUUUUCAGCUAUUAAUUGUAUGUUUAUAAUCCCUAAAACCUUAACCUUAACCUUUACUGACUUUGACUAUUGUAACACUGCAAUCAAAAGAGAACCUUUCGGACUUAUCUCCGCCAUACACAUUCAUAAUACUAUUCACAAUACCAACAGUUGUAACUCAGUGAAUAGUGGUAACAAAGUGAAUAGUGUUAACAAAGUGAAUAGUGGUAACAAAGUGAAUAGUGUUCACAAAGUGAAUAGUGUGGAUAUGAGUAAAUCAUUACUAGAUUGGGUUAAUAAUAGGGUAGAUUACGAAAGUAGGGUUGAGAGUAAGUCCCCUAUGUUGGGAAUUAUCUCUCCGUUCCUUCUGAAUACUCGGGAACAUAACAGGUUUAAGCCUGUGAAAACCGCAGGAACUGACGAAGGUGAUAAGAAGUGGGCCUACAACAUUAAUCAACUUUACCCGUUACGUUAUCCACUGGACGCCCUAUUCCCCAGUAAACAUGUUGUGAAAAGUUAUAAUUAUUCCUAUAGUCUUCGGAUAUCACUUCGUUUAUAUGAUUUAGUACUUACCAUAUUUGGCAAGCCUAUGCCAAGUCCGUUUCUUGAACCGUUAGCUGCAAUACUGAAAUACAAUUUGGAUGAGUUGUUCUAUGGAACUGGGGAAUGCCCUGACAAGGUAAAAUUACACAGAAGAGCGUAUGAACACACACUGGAGAAAGCAUCAGCGCUGAAGCCGUUUCCCACAAUCUACUGGCUAAUGAACAAGGAUCUGAUCGCAAGAGUCUCAGAACUCGAAGAAAAAGGACUAAUCAAAGAAAUCGAAUCCACAAUCACAUCACUCUUCCAACAGUUUCACAAUUCUCCAAAUCACAACAAUGAACACAACAUGUCAGAAAAUGAGAAUUCUCCAAAUGACAACAACGGAGUUCACAAGUCAGAAAAUAACAAUUCUGUGGAGGAUAAGACAGAAAAUAACAAUUCUGUGGAGGAUAAGAGCGAAUUUGGAAGGUUGGAUGUUGAGAAAUUGGCAGAGAUGUUGAUUUUGGAUAACAUUUUGUAUGCCUUUAGGAGAUUUCAAUUCACACAUCCGAGUAUUAUUGAGGCGUUCUACAGCUACUUCGUAAACUCGCCGUACUUCACACUAUUUCAGACCUCAAAACCACAAGAUUACGAAAUUUACAUUAAUUUUACCAAUACUCGGCUGUUUAAAUUGUUAACUACCGGUGACUUGGCUAAAGGAAUCGCAGUAGUCAACACGCUGAGGAGGCACGGAAUCGGCGGCAGCCAGGAUUUCCUCCAUAUCAAAUGCCUUCACACUCAUUUAGCCUACGAUUUGAUCGAAACAUCCAUCAUCGGAUCACUCAUCUCACAACUCAUCUGACGCAUUCUCUCAGUUUUUCCACAAUUUCUCAAUCUUUCCACAAUUUCUCAGUUUUUCCACCUAAUUUUCCACUUUAAUUUUCCACACUAUAAUUUUAUUUAUUAUUUUAUAA